AUUCUGCUUCUUUAAGCAGUAUCAUUACCUGAACAGUUGAAUAAAUUGGUGAGUUUUUCUUUUCGUUAUUAUUACUACUAUUUAAAAAUUUCAAAGAACCCUAGCUUUGGUCAUUGCUUGGCAAGAGGCAACUGGGAAUUUGGUGUUACACAAAUUUGAGGUUUGUAAAAAGCGGUUGAUAGAUUAGAGGAAUGGCGAAGGAGUCAUCGGAGUCACGCGGCUGCUGGAGAGUGUUGGAGUUUUACAGUGGAAUCGGUGGCAUGAGGUACUCACUGAUGAAGGCCCAGGUGAACGCUCGAGUGGUGCAAGCAUUUGAAAUUAAUGACACAGCAAAUGAUGUUUACCAACAUAAUUUUGGUCAUCGUCCUUAUCAGGGAAAUAUUCAAUGUCUGACUGCUGCUGAUCUGGACAAGUAUGGUGCCGAUGCAUGGCUUCUUUCUCCUCCUUGCCAACCUUAUACACGACAAGGUCUCCAGAAGGACACUGGUGAUGCUCGGGCAUUUUCUUUUCUUCAGAUUCUUGAGCUCAUGCCAUUUUUAUUGCGGCCUCCGAGUAUGUUAUUUGUGGAAAAUGUUGUUGGAUUUGAGACAUCUGAUACGCAUGCAAAACUAAUUGAAAUAUUGGAAAAAACAAAUUUUAUCACACAGGAGUUCAUUCUGACCCCUUUACAGUUUGGAAUCCCAUAUUCCAGGCCUCGUUAUUUUUGUCUGGCCAAGAGAAAACCUUCAUCUUUUGUUAAUGAGUGUCUGAACAGCCAGCUGAUUCAAUCUCCACCGCCAUUAUUUGAGCAUUUUGACACAGCGGCUGAUGAAGAUGAUUCAUCAAAAGAGGACAGGCAAAACUUGUUGCAGUCAUGUCAGCCUAUUGAGAAUUUUCUUGAAUUGAAGAACCCCAGCAGUGAUAUAGCUGUUGAAUCUGUAGCUUUAAGGACUGAUUUAUCUAAUGACGCUCCUAGAACUUUGGGGAAAAAUAAUGGUCAUGAUGAAUAUGAAUCUUUGGACCAGUAUUUCGUUCACCCAAGCUUGAUAGAACGGUGGGGAAGUGCUAUGGAUGUUGUCUACCCUGAUUCAAAGCGCUGCUGCUGUUUUACAAAAAGUUAUUACAGAUAUGUGAAGGGAACUGGUUCCCUUUUGGCAACUGUCCAGCCAGUGAAGAGGGACAAAACAUCACUGAAGGAGCAAUGCCUUAGAUAUUUUACCCCAAGAGAGGUUGCAAACCUACAUUCUUUUCCUGAAGGAUUUGUGUUUCCAGAGCACAUUAGUCUCAGGCAACGGUAUGCGUUACUAGGGAACAGUUUAAGCAUAGCAGUUGUUGCUCCCUUACUUCAGUAUCUUUUCACUCAACCUUAAUGAUUUUUCAAUUGCAACAUCCAUUCAACAGAAGCAGAUAUGUCCUAGGCCUAUCUCCUAUAAUUUUGCUGUCAUAGUGAGAUCAUGUAACAAAUGUGAUUUCUUGUUUCAAUCAUGAUGAUCCAACUCGUACAUGAGUUUGACCAUUUCUACUUCAGAAUUCAUAUUUCUAAUGUAGAGUUCUGUGGCCAUUCUUUCAAAAAUUGCCUAAUAUGUGGGGCGAAAAAUGUAAUUGAAAUUUGGGAGAUUCAAAAUGUACUUGUCAGGCCUCUUGUAGAAGAAAUGAUGGGAUCUUGUAUCAAAUUUGAAUGUAAACACAUUUGAGAAAAUAUGCAGUUAAAUUUAAGUUUUCUAUCGUGCUGAA